AUCACGUCCAGUACACCACCGUACGUCGUCCAAGUAUCUUCGCACGUUCAAGCCGCAGGCUCCGCGCACUUAUCAACGAAGCUCAAUUAAUCGAAACAAUUUCCAUUUUCUUUCGUGUGUUUGUUUUCGUGUCAACUUAUGCGAAUAUUGGAUUACGAUAUAUCCUUGGUUGAAGUGGAAUAUCGAAGGAGAAUUUUGAUGCGCCGAGGAUGCGCGGUGAAUCGUACAAGAAGGGAUUUGCCUGCGCCGCCGUGUCGGCCACGUCCACUUAUUUCCUGCUUCUCGUAUUCUCAUCUUCAUCGAUUCUUGCAGAACCGGUGCUAAAAAGUGGGUUAAGAUGUCCAGCAUUCGUCGAGCAAAAUGUGUGCCCGGACAGAGCUCCAGGGUGCACCAACGACUUCGAGUGUUCGAGCGGAUCGGAGCGAUGUUGCGAGACAGCGUGUGGCCGAAGGUGCGUGCCAGGCGAAUCGACCGGAUGCGAGCAGCUCGCUCUCGCAGCUACGAGAAGAUCGAGGGCACUCGGUGCUUACGUCGAAUACGUACCGCAGUGUAACAACGUCACCGGAGAAUUUGAAAAAAUUCAAUGCGACUAUGGCGGCAUUGAGACGAAAAAGAGCUGCUGGUGCGUCGAUGAUUUGGGGGUCGAAAUACCAGGCACGAGGUCCGCCUCCAGGGCGUCCAUCGACUGUGACAAUCCACGAGACUGUCCGGCACACUCGUGUCGCAUGUUGUGUCCGCUCGGUUUUGAGAUUGAUCGGGAGUCGGGAUGUCAGAAGUGCGAAUGCCGGGAUCCUUGCCGAGAAGUCGUUUGUCCAGGUGGAAAAUUACAGACGUGUGAAUUGAUAGAAACAUCAUGUUCGCGGGAGCCAUGUCCGCCGAUACCGAGUUGUCGAAGAGCGAAAUCGCUCUCGACGGUUUGCCCGGCCGGUGAACCGCUUCAAAUAACUGAUUCACCGCGGCCUUUUCUCUGCGGCACAACACCUGGAAAACCUACUUGUCCGCCUAUGUACAAAUGUCUGGUUCAACCGUCUCAGGAAUAUGGCGUUUGCUGCCCGUCAAGUUUACGACUCGAGAGACCCGGCACGUGCCCCACGGAAGAGCCCCUUUUCUGCGGUACCAUUUGUCAACAUGACCUGGAAUGUCCGGGACCACAAAAAUGUUGCUCAAACGAGAAAUGCGGCGCGGGCGUUUGUACACUUCCGGUUGGUCUCAGCCCCUGCAGACGUAAUCGCAUGUUGGCUGAAUUAUUCAGCAUCUCUGAAAAACAAGGCCGUGGAUACGUGCCACAGUGCGCUCAAGACGGUUCGUACGAGACUCGACAAUGUUCGAGAAACGGCUUAGUUUGCUGGUGCGUCGAUUCCGAUGGGUUGAAAAUUCCCGGCUCGAUGGGACCAUCGAAGAAAGUUAAAUGCACCGAAGUCAGUAAGCCACGCUCGUUAUCAGUGUCGUCAUGUGCGGAAAGAGGUGAAUGCGCUCAGGUUUGUCAGUAUGGCUUCAAAACCGAUGUCCACGGUUGUUCGACGUGCGAGUGCGACGAUCCAUGCGAAGGAUAUCCCUGUCCUGCCGGAGAAGAAUGCACGCUGCGUCGCGAGAACGGUUGUCCCGACUUCCUGUGCCCAACGAGGCCCGAAUGCGUAGCGAAAAAAACGUACAAGAGCCCCUGCACUUUGGGAGCACCUCUGAGCGACGAGGUUGGAAAUGCACUCAUCUGCAAUUCGUCGAACGACACGACACUGAACAGCACUCAGGAAAUUAAUUGUCCGAAUGGGCAUGAGUGCGUUUUGGUACCGGAAGCGAAUCAAUCGGUUUGUUGCGCCGUUUCUUCGAUCGUCAGCGUCAAAACGCCGACGAUGUGCGAAUAUCUGCGAGACUUUAACGAGCGUAUGGAGGGAACCCGAGACGGUAUGACCUUGGCAAUGCCUUCGCCGAUUUGCGAAUCCGAUGGGGACUGGGAGCCUCUUCAAUGUCAAGGCGACAUUUGCACAUGCGUGAACAAGUACGGUGUCCCGUUGAAAACCGACGGGAACUUGACUCUCGCCGAUUGCAAGGAAGUUCGAGCGUUAAUUGAGAGUUGUGAAAUCAAAGGUGAUUGCGAUCUCGAGUGUCCCUAUGGACGCGAGCUGGACCCGGCUGGUUGCGAAACUUGCAGAUGUCGCGAUCCCUGUCAAGGAGUCAGCUGCGAAUUGCGCGGUACUUGCACCAUGGUUGAUGUCAAUUGCGGUGAAGCUCGUUACUGUCCAGCCGUCCCGGCUUGUCUCGCCACCAAACCUGGACAGUGUCCUUACCUCGUGCCAAGUUCCUCCAGCUGCGAGGUGCGUUGCAGCAGUGAUCAAGAAUGCUCUGACAACUGGAAAUGUUGUUCGACCGGUUGCGGCACUCAGUGCGUCGAGCCGGUAGUAGCAACCGCCUGUCAGCACGCGCGCGCAGUAGCGGAGCACGCGGCAAGAGAAUCGGGUGAGCCAGCGAGACGAAGUUACAUUCCGAAAUGUGAAGCGGACGGAUCGUUUAAGAAAGUUCAAUGUCAAAGUGGAAUGUGUUGGUGCGUCGACCCGGAAGGUCGUGAGAUGCCGGGAACGAGAGUCUCGGAGGGCGUUACACCGGAGUGUAACAGACCAUUGACGUGUCCAGAAAUCGAGUGCGAUUUGUCGUGUCCCCACGGACUCGAGCUCGAUCCUGGGAGCGGUUGUCCGGCGUGCCAGUGUCGCGAUCCCUGCAAAACUGUCAACUGUCGAGGCGAGAACGAGGCGUGCCGGAUGGUGGAAGUGGAGUGUAGCUCACCCCCUUGUCCGCCAGUUCCGGUUUGCUUGCCGAAGAAAGACAAUCCUUGUCCGAACGGUGCACCUUUGGUAACGCAGGAUGGAGCGACUGCGAUCUGCGGUCCGCACGGUCGUCAGUGUCCGUCGAGCCACAAAUGUCAAUUGUCGCCGUUGGACGAGUACGCCGUAUGUUGCCCGAAACCCCGGGAAGUUUGCUUCGAACCGACGCGUUACGUUGAUUGCGAAACUUCCGGAGUUUUCGGAUUUCUCAACGAGAGUAGACCUGAAAGAUGGUACUUCGAUCCGGCGUUGAACGAGUGUCGACGACGCUCCAAAAACGAAUGCUCCACCGGACACAACGAUUUCAGCAGCAAACUGGUCUGCGAUACGGUUUGCCCCGUUCUCACCGAUUGCGAACUGCAACGCGAACGAAAUCUCAAAACUGCUCAGAGGCUCAAAUUGCCCCAUUUCUUACCGCGGUGUGUACCGGAAACCGGCGAUUGGGAAGCUGUCCAAUGCCUCGAACACGUUGGUGUCUGCUGGUGCGUCGACAAAAAAGGUGAAGCUAUCAAAGGGUCUCUUGUUCGGGGAAAAGAACCGAAAUGCAACUUCAGGCAAGCUCGGAAAGGCAGAUUUCCUAGCGACUCUAUCGAUCGAUCCGAUUCUUCGUUCUCGUCCCCUAUCUCGGAAUUUACCCCCUUCGAUUCUCUUGGACUUGGCUCCGAACUCGACCCCGUCUCAACCACGACCAGGUGGAGCAUCGCCGUUGCUAAAAUGCCCGAAACUCGCUGCCAGGCUAUGCGAGAACGUGGUCACGUUCCUGCCAUCUGUGACGCCGAUGGCAAAUUCGAAGCCACCCAAUGUGCUGGUGAAACUUGCUGGUGCGUCGACGAAGCUGGCAAUCAGCUUGUUGGCUCCGAACCAUUUCUCUUGGGAACAAGCACGUGCAUUUUCACGCCCGUCGAAGCGGUGGAAGUCUCCCUGCGUUUUCCAGGGCAUUUCGUGAACGCGGACACGGAGCGUUUUGCGAGAGCAGCAAACGAGAUGUUGCACGAUAUUGGUGCGACGAUAAGCGACGGUGUAGUCGUGGAGAUCGACCGGGACGAAGCGAUCCUCGGUUUCGAAGUGAUCGGAUCGGACAAGGUUGACGUCGCGUUCCACCUGGAGGAGCUCGCGAGAACGCGAAGUUUCGCUCUCCUCGGUUAUGCUCCGGAUGCGACAACGUCGCGUUUCAUUCACAGACCAUCGCCGAGAGCAGAAAUAGCGAGCAAAAUAUUGGCACUGGAGCAACGAAAGAUCAGGGCUGAAUUCGAAACGCCCCUCUAUCGAAAUAUGAUUUUCGGGAUCGCUUCCGCGUGCGCUUUCCUUAUCGGCAUCAUGUUUAUUUUGCUAAUGAUCCAUCGGAAAAAAAUGAGAGUGCGUCACCCUGAGAAAACGCUGCCCGGAGACCAGCGUUUCCUCGCUUACAACAAACAACCUGUUUACGUCAUUUCCGGCCUGGAAAAAGACGACAGGGAAGCUCAAACGAUCAACGAAAAAGAAGCAAUUCAGUCCGCCCUCGGUCCUGAAGCUUAAUAACUCCAAAUACAAUCGCCUCGAAGAAACGUCCUCAUACCGAGCGGGAAAACAAUUAUUUAUUCUCUCAUUUCAUCGCCAUUACUAUUAAUUAUUAAAUUGUCUGGUUCAAACGAAAUUUUGGUUGGGAAAUAUCGUUCCCUCAUUCAUCAGAAUUCCUGUAAAAUCCGAGGCUUCCUAAAUAUUUUGUAGAAUUCCUGUGCGCACUACUACGGUUUUGAAAGAAAUUUUCGUUGAUCCAGAUUUGCAUAUUCCUUCAUUCCACUUCACUUUUUUCCCCUCGGUCGUGUAACACGGACUCGAUUGUUUUCCUUAUCGGCAUCCAUCACUUUUUUCAUUCAUUUUUUCUAGCCAAUGACUGUUCGAUCUUGUGACGAGAUAAUUUAUCGUAGCUGUGAUUUAUCAUACGUUCUUCCUGUAAGCGAAUGCGUUAGCCUAAAAUCACUGUGCGAGUCGAUCAUAUUUAUUCGUGAAUUUAUACGCUUAGGUAUGUGUAUAUAAAUGUACUUGAUAGGUUCAUAAACUUGAUGUCAAAGACACAUGAAAAGGAGAAACAUGAAACGUAGAAGCGCGAUUAAUAGUUUUGUCAACUAUUAUACGCACAGCGUCGAAAUCUUAGCUUUUUUAUCGCGGAGAAUUUCCGAAAGCCUGAAGCUUCCUGAAAAAUUGCCAUUUUUGAACUCAUUAUCGCCAAAAGUCUUUUCGAAAGAAUUUUUUCCAUAGUCAUCGUUGAGAAAGCGAUUAUGGAAUUGCCAAAAAAUUGCCAAAUACGAAUGAAUUUCGUAAAGUGUGUUUGCGAACGAAAAUAUGUAGAAUGAGAAUAAUUUGUCUAAUUUAUUUUCUUAUCAGAAUGUUAUUAUUUGUAUAAAAGUAUUUAUAUUUUUUCGGUUUAAUUCAAAUGAUUGAUGAAAAAUUGGCAGUCUUCCUGCCAACAAUUUCGGGCCUUCGAUCCUUCGAAAAUGGCUCCAUCGCGUUGAGAUUUUCACAAUUUCCGAGAGGAAGGAACGGCCCCGCGAUAAGGGGGCUAACAUUUUCGUAUAUUUAGGUCUUUCGAGACUCGAGGAACUCAAGUUCCAAUGGUAACUCGUGUCCAACGAGCAGCUAUAGCAUAUCAUAGCCAUGUGUAACUUAUUUAUUCGACUAACCCUUUAAAUACUAAUGUCACGAUAAUAAAACUGACGAAGAAAAAACGCA